GGAUACGGGUCAAAGUAUAAUACUUGUGAGAAGCCUUGCGCGGUACCUGCUUCAGGGUGCGUGGUGAUAGGGUGCGCGACCAUGCGGAAAGUGGUUUUGAUCACCGGGGCGAGCAGUGGCGUUGGCCUAGCCCUCUGCAGGCGGUUGCUGGAGGAAGACCAUGAGCUUCACCUGUGCUUGGCGUGCAGGAACAUGAGCAAAGCGGAAGCCGUCCGCACUGCUCUGCUGGCCUCCCACCCCACCGCCGAGGUCUCCACCGUGCAGGUGGAUGUCAGCAGCCUGCCGUCAGUGUUCCAGGCCUCCAAGGAGCUCAAGCAAAGGUUUCAGAGAUUUGACUAUGUAUAUCUAAACGCUGGGAUCAUGCCUAAUCCACAGCUAAAUAUCAAAGCACUUUUCUGUGGCCUCUUUUCAAGAAAAGCGAUUCAUAUAUUCUCUACAGCUGAAGGAGUGCUGACCCAGAGUGAAAAGAUUACUGCCGAUGGCCUCCAGGAGGUGUUUGCAACCAAUGUCUUUGGCCACUUUAUCCUGAUUCGGGAACUGGAAUCUCUCCUGUGUCAUAGUGACAGUCCAUCUCAGCUCAUCUGGACAUCAUCUCGUAAUGCAGUGAAAUCUAAUUUCAACCUUGAGGACAUCCAGCACAGCAAAGGCCAGGAGCCCUACAGCUCUUCCAAAUAUGCUAUUGACCUUCUGAGUGUGGCUUUGAACAGGAACUUCAACCAGCGGGGUCUGUAUUCCAGUGUAGCGUGCCCAGGUACGGUGUUGACCAAUUUGACAUAUGGAAUUAUGCCUCCCUUUGUGUGGAUGUUGAUCAUGCCAAUCAUAUGGCUGUUCCGCUUUUUCGCAAAUGCUUUCACGUUGACACCAUACAAUGGAACAGAAGCACUGGUCUGGCUUUUCCACCAAAAGCCCGAGUCUCUCGAUCCUCUGGUGAAAUAUCUGAGUGCCACCACUGGCUUUGGAAGCAAUUACGUAACGUCCAAAAAGAUAGACCUAGAUGAAGACACUGCUGAAAAAUUUUACCAAAACUUACUGGAACUGGAAAAGGAUAUUAGGGACACCAUUCAAAAAAGCAAAAACCAGAGCUGAAAAUGGUGCUCUCUGAGCACCAUUUUCACGCCUUCUGUGGAUUCUGGAGCACCUGGGUUUCUGAGUUGGAUGGUGUGCAUUUGUGGUAAACUGUGAGUUCUGAUUUUCUCUUUGUUUCAGAAUUACCUCUAUGACUGUGUGUGUGUUUGUGCAUGUGAGAAAAAGAUUGAUAAAAUAUAAUAUAUUCUUAAGAAUGGUGUUAUAUCAAAAUUGUCCUAGGUGUCCAUCAUUGGAUGAAUGGAUAAAGAAUAUGUGGCACAUAUAUACAAUGGAAUAUUACUCAGCCAUAAAAAGAAACGAAAUUGAGCUAUUUGUAAUGAG